CUAAAUCUAGUACAAUUUUUAAUUUAGUACAAUUAAUUUCCAGCUCAACAACGGCAUCCCGAUCGAAAGCUGGUUCGUGGACCGUACCGAUUCGGAACUCAUGAAACUGUUGCCGUUCUUGGAAGAUCUCGUACAAUUGAAAGAAGACGUCAGGCCUCAUAUCAGAAACAAGUUUAAACUUUUCAGUUAUUUGCCCCCUGACUAAGAAAGAAAAAGUACCAUUUAGCGCCAUCUGUUGGUAGCUUUAAAAGCAACAAAAGUGCAAUAUGUGAUGGUGGCUCGGUACUUUUUUUUUUUGAAUUUUUAUUGUAUAAAACGUUGGUCAGUAUUUUAUACUAAAUAGGAUUUUAAGCUUAAAUUUUAGUAAAAUUGAUAAUUGUACUAGUUUUAGUACAAUUAUACAUAAUUGUACUAAUUUUAGUACAAUUAGUAUUAUUCGACUCUCGAAUAUCGUAGAAGUUUUUAGGUUUAGACGAGACGGCAAUAGCACAAAAAAAUUAUUUUAUGAAUGUUACGGUGUUUUAUAUUUAUAUUUUAUCUGUCAAAAAAAAAAUUGACAUUAUUUGACAUUUAUUAGUUAAGAAGGGGUGAGCGGAAUUGUUUUGUUGAGGUUGGUACAAUUAACAAUAAUUGUAAGUAAGAAUUUAAAUUGACUUAUUUUCUGUACAAAUGUACUAAAUUUCGUGUGGUAGAUGAUUGUACUAAAAGCAAUCGUGAAUAAUUUUGUACAAGAUUUAGUACAUAUUGUAAUUUGAUGAAUUACAUGCAUUAAAUAAUGAAAUUUCCUAAUUUUUAUUACAAUCACAAUUGUACUAUUUUUCGUACAAUAUAAUAAUUUAGUACAAUAUAAUAAUUGUACUAAAUUUGGUACAAUUCAAAUUUCACCGAUUUAGACAUAAUGGCUGCCAUUCCCACCCCUUGUUUAGUGUUUUAUUACUUGAAUAAUUGUGAUUCAUUAGAAUUAGAAAACGAUUUUGAUUUGUAUUUUUUUUUGCUCAUUAAAAAUGAACAAUUUAAGGACGAUUGUUUUGUAUAACCCCAAACGCCCCCUAGUGGAAUUUCGGGGUACUAAAAUGACAUUCGAUCAUCUGUCAAAUGUCACCUAUAGCCUAUAGCUGUCAGGUAACAAGAAAAAAGUAAAUAAACUCUCUCUCUAAAAAUUUCGAAUCACGAGGUAGAACCUUUGGAGUGAGUUCUAAUUACUCUACUCUGUAUAUUUACUCUAAAAAAAAAUAAUUGAAAAGUUAAAAUGAAUACGGAGUACUCUAGAGUGCCCAAUUCGUUCAAAAUUGUACUUUUUUUGACUAUUUUAUACACCACUGGUUAAAAGUAAGAUUAUGUCAUUAUUAAAAUAAUCUUUGGAGUGAGUUUAAUUACUCUACUCUGUUGCCGUGUUCGGAAUUGUCAUCUUUUUCAUCAAUUUGCUCCAAAAUUUUGACAGGCACGUGACAAUUUCAAUUCACAAAUCACUUGUUUGUCCAAAUUUCAGAGCAAAUCGACGAAAAAGAUGACAAAAACGAACACAUCUUAUAGUAGUUUUUACUCCACUAAUUUAUAUUCGAAUCCGGAGUAAACGAACUAAAAAUAUUUGCGUUCGGGGAAAAUUUCACCGUUAGGUACUUAUCUUAUUGAAAUUUGCUUUCUCAGAGGUGAAACUUUUGGAGUGAGUUGUCCUCUAUUUACACUGAAAAGCCACUUCCGAACAGUUGGAGUAGUUACUUUAUUGGUUCGGGGGUAUCAUUAUAGAGUAAAAUAAUGGCGUUCGGCGUAAGCAGAGUAGACUCAAGUUUCAUUUCACAAAUUGAUUCCAACUUGGCAACUCUUUUGACACUUUUCACUCUAAAAUCGUUCGGGUUUAGAGCCCGAGUAAGAUUUAUAAACCCGUAUAAACAAACAUGCAGUAAGCUACUCUAUUUACUCUAUAAGACCAUGAUCGAACAAUCGAAAUACUUAAAAUGAAAAAGGCGAAUUCAACUUUAAUUUAAUUUAGUAAAAUUUCAAUUCUAUUGCACCAGAACAUCUGCACUGGAACAAUAAAUAAGGCAGCUUUAACUUUGAAAAUCUCCAUAAAUGAACAAUCGGAGUACUUGGAGCUUGGAGUGAAAAAGACGAACUUAAAUUUAAUUUAAUUCCAUUUCUUUCACUUUGAAAAUCUUUCUUUUUCGAGCUGAAACUUUUGGAGUAAGAUUUAUUUACUCUAAUCUGUGGAAACGAAAAUGCAUUU